UAUCCUCACGUUUUUUAGGUUUUUGAUAUCCGAAUCUGAGAAACCUAGUUUUGGGGGUGAGCUUAGCUAUUCUUUAGGAAUAAAUAUUUUCUUUUUAGUUUUUUAUAUAUUCUUAUAUUUUGUGCAAUUGCCGUUUUCUUGGCUUUUGAUACCUACAGGUCCUCUCAAUUAAAAUUUUUUUUUAAAAAUCUCUUUAUAAUUAAAGAUCAAAACAACGUCUUUUGGGUCUCUUCGGAAUUAUUUUUUAUAUUUUAUUAAUGGUAUUAUUCUCCCAUAAUGCUUCCAAAGUUUUACAAUUUUUAUCAAAUUAUUAUUUAAAAAACCCUCCCCCACAGAUUGUUUGGCAUCCAGUAAUUUUUGGAUUCUUUUUACAAUUUGCACUGGGUCUUUGUAUUUUACGUUGGGAAUGGGGAUCUACUAUGUUUAAUAAAUUUGCGGAUUCUGUUCUCGUUUUCCUCGAAUUUACACAUAAUGGGACAGAUUUUGUUUAUGGAUUUGUUUCUUCCCCUCCAAAUAUUUGUGGAAUGGAGCCUAUUUUUGCUUUUAGGGGUAUUCAAGUUGUUGUUUAUUUUGGGUCCGUUGUGGCAUUACUGUAUCAUUUUGGCAUUUUACAAUUUGUUAUUAAAAAGAUGGCAUGGUAA